GUCAAUGUCUCUUCUUGGCCUGUCAUCUGAUGCGAAGGAAAAGCCGACAUGAGGGGAGCUUCAUCCAAAACGCAGUCAAUUCGAGAGCUCAAUGGUCUCCAUAUACAUGAUUCCAUGUGGGAUUGGCGCCGGGACCGGGCCGACUGUGAUAUCAACUUCAGGUUACACGACCUGGAGCUUCAUCAGAAGGCGAAGGGUACUGCAGACAGAUGGACCAUGUGUCGAGGACGACCAAAGUAGCGUCCGUCUUCGGUGCUCGGGGCCACAAACCCGUUCUGGACCCAAUCCUCGCGGGUUAGCUUCCUCCGCAGCAAAACACAGCUAUUAGCUUUCCAAGGAGGUAAAACUGACUUUACCUUGUCGAAGACAAUCCAGUGACCCGCAAGAAGCCGAGAACUCCAUGGUAAUUGUGAUUUCGA